AUGAAGCAACAUCUUGCGGGGGUUCCAGGUAAUAUAAGUUCUUGCAAAAAAGUUCCUCAUGAUGUUCGUAACCAAAUGCUUAAGUUAUUGGAUAUAAUCAAAGGAAAAAGUAAGAGUGGUGAUGGUAACCUAAAUGAAGCAUAUGGUGGUCAAAAUAUUGAAGAGGAAGCACAAGAAGUUCAUCCUAGCUCAAAUAUGGAUAAGAAGAGUAAGAUGCAAGCCACAUUGAAAAGAAAAGCUAAUGUUGAAAUUAGUAAUUAUUUUGCUCCAAGGACUACUCCAGGAUCACAACCAAGUUUGAAAAGUGUAUUAUCAAUCACACAAUCAAUUCACAAAGCUAAGAUGGCAAUUGCUCAUUGGUUUUAUGAUGCAUGCAUUCCAUUUCAUGCAACACUAUCACCAUACUUUCAACCUGCUUUAGAUGCACUCAAUGCUAUUGGUCCCGGUUUUAAAGGCCCAUCUUAUCAUGAAUUAAGGGUUAACUUGUUGGGAGAUUGCAAGAGAGAGUGUUGCUUACUUGUAGAAGGUUAUCGAGCAAAUUGGGCUAAGAGUGGAUGUGUAGUAUUUGUGAAAUCUGUUGAUGCAUCAGAUGUCAUAAAAGAUGCUAAGACAUUAUGCGGCUUGUUUUCUGAAGUGGUUGAAUGGGUUGGAGCUGAACAUGUUGUCCAUAUAGUGACUGAUAAUGCAGCUAAUUAUGUAGCUGCUGGUAAAUUGAUACAAGAGAAAUAUGAUACCAUUUUUUGGUCUCCUUAUGCCGCUCAUUGUUUGAAUCUCCUUUUAAAGGACUUUUCUAGUAUGCCUCAUGUUGCAGACCUUGCCUCAAAGGCUUCCAAUAUUACAAUAUUUGUCUAUAAUCACAUGGUAUUCUUAUAUUGGAUGAGAAAAAGAGAAGGUUGGAAAGAAAUUGAACGUCCAGGAGUGACUCGUUUUGCUACUAUUUUUAUUACAUUGAAAAAUAUUUUUGAUCACAAACAUGAUUUGCAAGCUUUAGUUGUAGACAAGCAUUUCACUAGCCAUAAAUUAUCAAAGACUACAGCAGGAAAAAUUGUUAGUGAUAUUGUUUUGGAUCAAAAUUUUUGGAAUGAUUGUUUGUCGAUAGCGAAACUUGUGGCUCCUAUCAGUCGAUUACUAAGAAUUGUAGAUGGGGAUGAAAAGCCUUCUCUUGGUUAUGUUUAUGAAGGCAUGCAAAGGGCAAAAAAUGCUAUAAAGGAGAUGUUUAGAAAUAGAAGAGCUUUGUAUAAGCCUUACACAGAUAUUAUUAAGGCUCGAUGGGAUAAACAUUUAAAACUCAAUCUUCAUGCAGCGGCUUACUUUUUAAAUCCUGCAUUCUUCUAUGAUGAGAAAUUUUGUAGCAAGAACAGAGUCAUGAGUGCAGCCAUUUCUUUACUUGAAAAAAGAGCUUUUUGUAAUGACUUAACUAAAGGCAAUAGUGAGACGAAUAUGUACCGGGAACGACAAGGAAGCUUUGGUCGAGAAAGUGCUCUUACCGUAACAAAGACAAUUCGACCCAAUCAAUGGUGCGCGUUGUUUGAGGGUAGUGCUCCAAUUUUGCAAAAGUUGGCAAUCCGCCUUCUUAGCCAAACUUCUUCAUCUUCUGGAUGUGAGAGAAAUUGGAGUGUUUUUGAACGCAUCCAUACAAAGAGAAGAAAUAGACUAGAACAUCAAAGACUAAAUGAUCUAGUUUAUGUUACUUAUAACUUGCGUUUAAAGAAUAUGUUGCUCAAGAAGCCAUGUUAUGAUCCUAUUGAUUAUGAAUCUAUUGAUCAUGUUGAUUUGUGGGUAACUGAAGAAGAAACACCUCCUGAGCUUGAUAUUGAUGAGAUUGAUAAUUUUCUUUAUCAUGAUAAUGCAAUUCCAGUUGGUCAAUCAUCAAAAAACAAUGAAGGUUAA